AUGGGUGGCCCAAAUCCUCACGGCCCCAGGAUUACCGUGGAUACAUCGAACCUAUCCGAACAAGGCCCAUCAUCAGCAGCGUUCAGUCACACGAGGAGUCCUAGCAUGACGACGCCUCCUCAGACGGCCGUUGAUGAGAAUAAUUAUUAUCUAUCUCCUAUAUCGCCAGACCGAAAACACACCUUUGAUGGAGCAACCCUCAACUCUCAGUCAAGCGAUGCUGCAUCCCGCUUCCGGUCCAAUUCUGGUGUCUCUGCGACAUCCACUGCAACAGUAUACUCCAGAACCAGCCUGCAGUAUGAAUCUGUGGACGACGCCCUCCGUCCCGACAAGGGCAACGAGAAGGAUUUUGUGGUUGAGAACAACCCUUUCGCCUUCACUCCCGGCCAGCUCAAUAAACUACUCAAUCCAAAAUCCCUUUCCGCUUUCAAGGCACUAGGUGGCCUAAGAGGUCUGGAGCGAGGGCUAAGAACUAGUAUCACAGCAGGCUUGUCCGUAGAUGAAUCCCGACUCGAUGGGCAAGUAUCGUUCGACGAAGCAACAGCAGAAGGUAAAGAAGCAGCAUACGGAGAUUCGCCAUCUCUGUCUGUACCCACGCGACCUGAGGCACAGAGAACUGAGCAGUUCAAUGACCGGUUAAGAGUCUUUGGAGACAACCGACUCCCAGAGCGUAAACCUGAUGGUAUUCUUGUUCUCAUUUGGAGGGCCUACAACGACAAGAUUCUCAUUCUUCUCACGAUCGCAGCUGUUGUCUCAUUGGCGCUUGGUAUAUAUGAGACUGUUGCUGGGGAGUCUGGCGUUGAUUGGGUCGAAGGUGUUGCUAUCUGUGUCGCCAUUGUGAUUGUUGUCACUGUUGGUGCCGCAAAUGACUGGCAGAAGGAGCGUCAGUUUGUUAAACUUAAUAAAAGGAAAGAUGAUCGAGAGGUCAAAGUCAUUAGAUCGGGUAAAUCCAUUCAGGUGUCGGUCUAUGAUAUCACGGUAGGCGACGUGCUGCAUCUCGAGCCCGGAGAUGCUGUGCCAGCGGAUGGCGUAUUCAUUUCCGGCCACGGCGUCAAGUGUGACGAAUCCUCUGCAACUGGUGAAUCUGACCAGAUGAAAAAGACUCCUGGCGACGAGGUGUGGCGAAGGAUCCAAGAAGGCACAGCAACUGCGAAAUUGGACCCUUUCAUUAUCAGCGGUUCCAAAGUCCUCGAGGGUGUCGGAACAUAUCUCGUCACGAGCGUUGGCACGAACAGCUCUUACGGCAAAAUCCUCAUGAGUCUACAAACCAAGAACGAUCCCACCCCGUUGCAAGUCAAACUGGGAAAGCUGGCCAAUUGGAUCGGUGGCCUGGGCUCGUCAGCUGCUGGCCUCUUGUUUCUGGUCCUUCUCAUCAAAUUUCUCGCACACUUGCCAUCUGACAGCCGGCCCGGUGCCGAGAAAGCCCAGGAAUUUCUGGAUAUCCUCAUCGUCGCAAUUACUGUUAUUGUUGUGGCCGUUCCUGAAGGUCUACCUCUAGCUGUCACAUUGGCCCUCGCUUUCGCAACGACAAGGAUGCUGAAAGAGAACAAUCUCGUUCGCGUGCUCAGGGCAUGCGAGACCAUGGGCAAUGCUACAACUAUUUGCUCAGACAAAACUGGAACUCUCACACAGAACAAAAUGACCGUGGUUGCCGGCACAGUUGGAGCGGACAAGAAAUUCGCUUCGUCGCCUUCGGAUAAGACCAAAGGAGGACCGAUGUCUUUUGCAGACAUGUUCAGUAAGCUGAGCAGGCAGGUGAAAGAGUUGCUUUGCACCUCGAUUGCACUCAACAGUACGGCUUUCGAAGGCGAAGAGAAGGGAAUACCAACUUUUAUCGGCUCAAAAACUGAAGUGGCGAUGCUCACUUUGGCAAAGGAGCAGCUCGGUCUGGAAAACCUAGCUACUGAACGCUCAAACCACAAGGUCAAGCAGCUUAUUCCGUUUGAUUCCGCGAGAAAGUGCAUGGGCAUCGUCAUCAAACAUGGUGGCAGCUACAGGCUUCUCGUCAAAGGUGCCGCGGAAAUCAUGCUUUCCAAAGCUACCCAAACCAUCUCGAAUGUUUACGAAUCCGAGGGCGCCUACCAAGUAGUCGAGCUUACUACAGCGGAGAAGGAGGGCAUUUCUGCCACUAUUGACGAAUACGCCCAACACUCUCUCCGCACCAUUGGCAUGUUGUACAAGGACUUUCCCCAGUGGCCUCCUGCGAAUGCAAAGACGCUCGAAGAAGACGCAAAGAUGGCGGAUUUUGAUGACGUCUUCCACGAUAUGACCUGGAUUGGCGUGGUAGGCAUUCACGAUCCUCUGCGAGAAGGUGUCGUCGAAGCCGUUGCUCAGUGCCAGCACUCCGGUGUCGUAGUGCGUAUGGUCACCGGCGACAAUGUCACUACAGCUCGUGCGAUCGCGCUCGAUUGUGGGAUCCUCCACUCGGACGACCCUAGCGCCGUCAUGGAAGGACCCAAAUUCCGCCAGCUUUCCGACCAGGAAAUGGACGCAGCCCUCCCGAAGCUGCGCGUCCUGGCUCGGUCGUCUCCAGAGGACAAGCGUAUUCUGGUCAGUCGUCUCAAGCAUCUCGGCGAAACGGUCGCCGUGACAGGCGACGGCACGAACGAUGGCCCGGCGCUGAAGAUGGCCGACGUGGGCUUCAGCAUGGGCAUCGCCGGCACCGAAGUGGCGAAAGAAGCGUCGUCCAUCAUCCUCCUGGACGACAACUUCUCCUCGACCAUCACGGCGCUCAUGUGGGGACGGGCGGUCAACGACGCAGUCAAGAAGUUCCUCCAGUUUCAGAUCACGGUCAACAUCACCGCCGUGAUCUUGACCUUCGUGUCUGCCGUGUCCAACGACUCGAACCACUCAGUACUCACUGCGGUCCAGCUCCUCUGGGUGAACCUCAUCAUGGACACGCUGGCCGCGUUGGCCCUCGCGACCGACGCCCCAACCAAGAAGAUCCUGGACCGGCCGCCACAGCCCAAGUCCGAGCCCCUGAUCACAAUCAACAUGUGGAAGAUGAUCAUCGGACAGGCCAUCUACCAGCUCGUCGUUACCUUCAUCCUGUACUUUGCCGGCAUGUCCAUCUUCAACUACGAGAUGCACGAGCGCGUCGAGCUCAACACCAUCGUCUUCAACUCGUUCGUCUGGAUGCAGAUCUUCAACGAGUUCAACAACCGCAGGCUGGACAACAAGUUCAACAUCUUCGAGGGCAUCCACCGCAACUUCUGGUUCAUGGGCAUCAACUGCAUCAUGGUCGGAGGCCAGAUCAUGAUCAUCUUCGUCGGCGGGCAGGCAUUCAGCAUCACCCGGCUGAACGGCGCCCAGUGGGCCAUCUCGCUUCUCACGGCGCUGCCGUGCUUGCUCUGGGGCGUCUUGGUCCGUUGCUUCCCCGACGAAUGGUUCGCCGUCGUCUUCAACGGCUGCGUCCGCGGCUUGACCUUUGUCCUUUCCCCUCUCUGGCGAGGCUUGCGCUUCAUCUUCCACCCCGUCGCACAAAUGUUUCGGGCCGUUUCGCGUUUUACCAAGCGCACCGCUCGCAAAGUGUCCGGGAGGAAGGGAUCCUCCGAUGAAGACGGGGACGAAGACCGAGAUCAACAAUCGGAGACUGACGACACUGCUCCCGCCGCCGCUGGAGAGAAAGGAGAGCACAAGCCUCAGGACCGCUCGAGAGUAGCCGACGAGGAGGCCAUCAUUGGUUCUGCUGGUGGUGGUGGUGGCGGCGAUGCCGUGCUCGGCCGCGGCGCUCGUUCGAAGACUGACACACAACCUCUCCCUUCGUUCUCGGUAACCGAACCGAGCUGA